AUGCAGUACAAUCUCGCCUCUGUCUCCCUCCUCCUGACCGGCAUGGCCUCAGCCACUCUUUUCCCCUCACCCUCACCAACCUCCGCGUCUCUCUUACCGACCUUCAUCCCUAUGGCUUCCACAGGCGCCAUUCCCUCCUCAAUCUCCGCCCCUAUUGCUUCCAAUACCCCCGGCGCAACUAAUUCUGAGAUCUACGACUGCGUCUAUCGCGGUUGGGGCUGUGACUGGAGGAAAUCUGAGUACGGCUACGGUUCCGACUACUGUGGUCAUUCUCCCUUCAAGGCCGGCCAGCAGCUGAGCAGGAGCAAAGUCGUGGCUGUUUCUAAGGAUGGCUCUGGCGAUUGCGCUUCCAAAGUUGGUAAAACGUGCUGCCAGGUCCUGGCGAACGAGCCUUGUAGGCGUGGCGAGAAGUAUCUUGAGUGCCAGAGGCCUGAAUAG